AGCGCCUCGGGUGCCACCAUCGCGAUGAACCGUCUUCCCAGCGGUGAAGAAGCCGUCCUCUUGGCCACCGAACUCAUGUUGUCCUCCAACGCCAGUCCCAGCAUGCUGCCUCUUCUGCCCGGCACAGCGGCCUCCUGCAGUUUCGGCUAUCCCUGCGUGCCGCCAGUGCCCGCGGGCACUCCGGCCUCGCCGGAGUCGGCCAGCAGCCUGGCAGCUCUGGCGGCUGGCCUCCUGGCCUCGCCGAUUUCCGGCCUCAUGCAGCCAGUUCUGCCCGCCUCCGCUGGUACCGCAGCCUUGCCCGCCAAUCCGGCCGUCCCGGGGUCAAUCGAACCUCAACAGCCACAGGCGCCGCUGUCUGCUCAGGCAGCCGGGGCGGAUGAGGUGAGCCGUGUCCACUCAGGCUAG